AUAGCUUUGUUUUCUGUUUCUUGUAAACUCCUUCCCAGUGCAGAGAACUUCCUGGCUGGUGUGAGGAGCAGCCGGGACCACAGAGGUGGUGGAGAGAUGCCCCCCAUCUGCGACCAGCUUUCCGUCGUGAACCCAGUCAUCCUCUUCUCUAGGCACACACAAGGGGGUGACCAGUACACCCUCAAGGAUGGACAUCAGGUCACUGUCAAAGGGACGUUUCUUCAGUCCUAUGGAACCAGGUUUGCUGUGAACUUUCAGACGGGCUUCAGUGACAAUGACAUUGCCUUCCACUUCAACCCUCGGUUUGAAGAGGGCGGGUAUGUGGUCUGUAACACCAAGCAGAAAGGACGCUGGGGGCAGGAGGUGAGGAUGACGCCAAAUCCCUUCAAGAUAGGUAUUCCUUUUGAGAUCAGCUUCCUGGUGGAGAACUCUGGAUUCCAGGUGGUGGUGAAUGGAAAGGACUUUACGAAGUACACACAGGAUGUGCCUUUACACCUCGUGGACACCAUCUCCUUCACCGGUGGUGUGGAGGUGACACAGAUCAGCAUCAAGGACACCUGUGCAAUCCCUGUCCAGAGGAUGAUCUGUGAGGUGCAAUCCAACACCAGUCCCUGUGGCUCACCUGAGUCCAAAGAUGGGAAACCAAAAGUGAGUUGAACAUGGACACCUGGGAGCUGAGCAGUCAGCAGGAAGGACAGGGGUCUGAGAGAGGCUACUUCCAGCCAGCAGGCAGCCAGGGCUUCUAAGCCCCAUCAUGCCCA